AGUUAUGAAGUUCUGGCAAGACCAAUGGGUCCUCGCCCUUCUGCAAAAGUUUGCUUCAAGUGUGGUGAUCCAGGACACACUUCACGCAACUGCUAUCAGAACAAGUCUCUACAACCGUCAAAGGCUUUCAACUAUAACAAUAAGCCUGGUACGAGAAGUGUAUGGGUGAACAAUGUCACAGCUGUCCAAGCAAAAAGGGCACCUGAUAUCGUGCUUGGUGUUCUUCCUGUGAACUCGAUCUCAGCAAAAGUUCUGUUUGAUACCGGAGCAUCACUUUCCUUUGUCUCUCAAAAGUUUGCUCUAUCUCAUGGGUUGCCUUUGGUUCCUUUGCCCAAUAAAUUCACGGUGAACUCUCCAGGAGCGCAUAUGUUUGUUUCUGAGAUAAGCCAUGGGAAUCAAAUUCUCAUCGGAAGCUAUAUGUUUCUUGCUUCACUCAUAGCUCUCGGCAUGUCGGACAUUGAUGUCAUUCUCGGCAUGGAUUUCGUGCUCGAGGAGGCCACCAUCGAGUCCAUCCACCGCGCCUUCGCCGGCGGCGCGCUCACCUCGCGCGGCCUCGUCGAGCUCUACCUGCGCCGCAUCGCGUCCCUCGACCCGGCCCUCCACGCCGUGGUGGAGCUGGACGCCGACGGCGCGCUCGCCGCCGCCGACCGCGCCGACGCCGCCCGCCUCCUCGGAGGCGCCGCGCUCCCGCCGCUCCACGGCAUUCCCGUGCUCAUCAAGGACAACAUCGCCGCGGCCGGCGCCUUGAAAGCGACGGCCGGUUCGCUGGCGCUGGUCGGCUCCCGCCCCGCGCGCGACGCCGGCGUGGUCGAGCGGCUCCGGAGCGCCGGCGCGGUGAUCCUCGGCACCGCCAGCCUCAGCGAGUGGUGCAACUUCCGUGCCCCAGGCGUCCCCGCCGGCUGGAGCCCCCGCGGCGGCCAGGGCAUGAACCCAUACGUGCCGUCAGCGACGACCUGCUCCUCCAGCAGCGGCUCCGCCAUUGCGGCGGCGGCAAACAUGGUGGCGGUGACGAUUGGGACCGAGACGGAUGGCUCCAUCAUGUGCCCCUCCAGCUUCAACACCGUUGUCGGGAUUAAGCCCACGGUCGGCCUCACAAGCCGUGCCGGCGUCAUCAUCAUUUCUCCGAGGAUGGACACAGUUGGGCCAAUCUGUAGGACUGUUUCAGAUGCAGUAUAUGUGUUGGAAGCAAUCGUUGGUUACGAUCCACGGGAUGCAGAGGCAACUCACAUGGCAUCUCAGUAUAUCCCGGAAGGCGGUUACAGGCAAUUCUUGAACAUAGAUGGUCUAAGAGGCAAGAGGAUUGGGAUUCUCAGGAAGGAUUUCUUCCGGUUUCCCUCAGGAUCUAUCCAACAGAACGUGUUUGAGGAGCAUUUCGACACUAUGAGGCAAUUGGGGGCCAUCUUGGUGGACAAUCUUGAGAUACCAAGCAUGAAUGUCAUCAACGAUGCAAUGCAAAGCGGCGAACGUGCUCUAAUGCUCGCCGAGUUCAAGCUGUCCCUCAACUCUUACCUGUCUGAGCUGGCCACCACACCUGUUAAAUCAUUAUCAGACAUAAUUGAAUUCAACGACAAGCAUCCUGUCAAGGAAAGGAUGGCUGAAUUCGGCCAGAGUUACCUUGUGCAGUCUGAAGCAACAAACGGCAUUGGUCCGACCGAGGAGCGUGCCAUUUCCAAACUGAACGAGCUGUGCAAGGAGGGCCUUGAGAAGAUUGUGCGAGCCAAUCAACUGGACGCAGUCAUCGCUCCUGGUGCGUCUGCUCAUAGCCUGCUUGCGAUCGGUGGCUACCCGGCGAUCACUGUCCCGGCCGGAUACGGGUCAGAUGGCGUUCCUUUCGCGAUCUGCUUUGGAGGGUUGAAAGGUUCAGAGCCGAAGCUUAUUGAGAUUUCUUAUUCCUUCGAGCAGGCAACGAAAGUCAGGAGACCUCCACCAGUAUUGCAGCAUUCUGCCCUUUGAUUGUAGUGUUGUUUUUACCUGAUUGUAUCAUUUUCAAGUCUGAAAGAAGAAAUAACACUUUCUUGGUGAGAAACAUGUACAAGUAUGUUAGCAUUUUCAGAUGUUAUCAGUUAU